CAGAAGCCCAGUUGUUAAACCAGUGACAACUCUACCGGGAUCCUAUUGCGUUUGGAAGCCCCAAAAUUGGAUUAGAAUAAGAGUUCACUCAUGAAACUGGAGAGGCACCGCAGUCCCUGCAAGGAUACGCUAAUAUUUUUUAUCAGACAUGUGUUGCUCUGGACAUAAAAUUUACUAGUUUUCUGUAAAUUUUUACUGGUGUGUAGAUCGGUUACGUGCUCAUUUUUCGGAGUAUGGAAAUGUCUUAAUCGGAAUUGCUCAGGAUUGCUAAGCGCACUCUGGUGUCUACAUUUUUUGAAAACGGACUGGGUUACCGAGCUGAGAGCAUGUGAUGGAAUCCUUAUGUGGACGCGUGCAUUUCAACACAAAUGACAGCAGAACGUUGGAUUGUGCUAUAACCGAGGAACGGCGUUACAUUCGCGUUAACUAUGAUGUAUCCCUGCCAACCUUGGCUGAAUUUAUGACUUCCAACUGGGAUUUGGGCAUUCCCGAUGUCAUGAUUACGAUGAUAUCUGGAGUUCAUCAAUCAAAAGCGUGGAAGAAGCCGGAACAUGGCACAAAGCUUCAAAAGGGCAUCGUCAAGCUCACAAACACUUCUCAGACCUGGAUUUUCACCCAUGGACUGAAUUAUGGUCUAGCCAAACUGAUAGGCGAUGCAGUGCGCGAAGACCAAGAUCGUCGUUCCGUCCGCGGCAACUGGGAUCUCAUGUCACUGAGUGCAUUCAAUCAACGCAUUAUCCAUCCGCGUUUAAUCGGUGUUGUGCCUGACGCGUUGCUUAAUAAUUCUGAUCAAUACCGACAUGGACCGGGCCGGGUGGAGAUACACGCCGCCGAAACCGAGCGAGCCACCACAAAAUACGAAAUGAAUUCCAAUCAUAAUGUCUUCGUUUUGGUAAACAACACGUCAUACACCACCACGGCGGUCUUUCGUGGAGAACUGGAAAGAGCCCUACAAAAGGAAGUCAGCAUGCGAAAAGAUAAUGCUCGAGCCGCGGCUACGCAUUCAAUGAGAAUGGAAGAUGAUGGCCAAGAGCAGUCCAGCACCGUCAUGGAGUACUACGACCCUGUCACGUACAGCAUUCCGCUAAUCUGCAUCUUAAUUCAAGGCGGACCAGCCGAGAUCGACCAGGUUCUUUACUACUUAAAUGACAACAUUCCAGUGAUGGUUAUCAAAGGCACCGGACUGAUGGCUGACCUUUUGGCAUUUGCCUAUGAAGAGAUCAUGGAGAGAGGCGGCAUCGAUAUUGAAAUGAACCAUUUGAAGCCCGAAAUCGAAAAUAAAAUGACACGCUAUUUUCCGGGAUAUUUUAAAGAGAACGAAUCUGAAAGGAAAGCGUACAUGGAGAAAAUCCUCAAGUGUGUGGAAGUGUCCCACAAGUAUGACCGGAAAUAUAUCACCAUAUUUGACUUGGCACUGACUGAUUCCGAUCUUGCCGAUCUCGACUGGUUCAUCUUGAAAGCACUCUUUGCUUGUCAACCACAGUACGCUAUCAACCAGCGAAAAGCCAUAAGGAAAAACUUAUUGCUAACCGUAAUGUGGAAUCGCCCGGAUUUAGCGCGGAGUGAGAUCUUCCAGCGCGAUUUUUCCAUCGCCAAUCUCAGGAUAGAUCCCGAUAUUUUUGAACAAGCUCUUUUGUUGCGGGAUCGAGAAGAAUUUGUGGAUUUGUUCUUGGAGCAGAAUUUUGCAGUCAGUUCGUUCGUUACUGCCAGUCAACUAAAGCUCUUGUUCACCAGAGCAGAAGAUCGUGAAUUUUUCAUUACUGUUGUUUGGGAAGGUAUUCUUGAAAAGAGCCCAGCUACUCCAAUGCGGGAUAAAUUUGUUUACAUCAAAAUGAAUGCCAUUAUCGAAUACUUAACCGGAAUCAAGAACUUCGUUAAGGUGAACGAUCUGGCUCAAGGAUCACAGGGGCAGUUAAUCAUUGAUUAUCCGACUGCUGAACGACAGGCAAUUAACGCCCUUAUUGUAUGGAGCGUUUUGAUGAACCGGUCCGAGCUUGUUAAAGUUCUGUGGAAAUUCUGCGAGCAGCCCAUUCCCAUGGCGCUUUUCAUCAGUUCGUUGUAUAGCAAUCUGUCGCAUUAUUGUCCAACCAGUGAAAUGGAGAAAAAAGCCAUAGAAAACGGAAAAUUGUUCGGAACCAUGGCUGUGGACGUUCUACAUCUUAGUUAUCAAGAUACCACCAAUCGAGCUUUCGAGAUACUAGCCGAGCCGUUUAUCGAUUUUGAACAUAUGACUCCAAUGGAAAUUUCUUACCGAGUGGGCAACAAGCACUUCAUCGCUCAUCCAUGCAGCCAACGUUAUUUGAACGAAGUCUUCAAUGGUGGCAUCCGCGUCGUCAAAUCUCAGUCCGCCUUCAGUAUACCCGAUUUCAUUAAAAUCAUCCUGUCUGCUUUACUGGUGUUUCCCAUGUAUUUAUGGAUCGCUUUUCCUCGUUUGGAAGCCAAAGCCAGAGAUGCAAAGGAGAAACGCCGAAGACUAACAAUCUUCACCCUAUCUCGUCAUAACCACUUAGUGUCUACCAUUGCAUGUCCCGUGCCGGUGCCGAUGGAUGAAGUGAGAGUGGGAGGAGAUGUUGUGGAUUUCGUAAGCAGAGCGUCCGGUUUCACGGACUACUCGCACAUCAGUACCGUGCAUAUGCCCAGUUGGACACGGGCUAUGGAAGGAUCGGAAACUCCGCUACAGUACAACCCAAGAGAUUCGACUCGCGAGGAGCCGGAUUGGAGUGACAGCAGAGGACUGCGGUAUAUUUUCUGGAAAUUAUUCGGUAAUCCCAGAAAAAGACUAUCAGGAACGAUAAACAGCGAUGUCAGCGUUACACAAAAAAUGUUCUGCAUAUGGAACGCUCCCGUGACAAAGUUCUGGAUGUAUCAGGUGAAUUACUGGUGUUACUUGCUUCUCUUGAGUUAUGUGACCUUCAUGCAUGGUUGCGGGAACCAAACGCUCGAUUGGACGCUGUGGAUUUGGACAACAGUAAAUUUACUGGAAUACAUGUGCCGGACUUAUUUUGAGUAUGCGCGCCGUCGACUGAUAUCGCUGAGAGUUCGAUUAUCCGAGAUGUUUCUGAUUGGAAACUUUCUUUUGUUCUUCAUGUUUUCCCGCCUAGUCGAUGUGGGACUGCCGAUCGAUCGGUAUUCCACAAGGAUUUUAUUAUGCACUGCUCUGCUCUUCUUUUACUACCGCAUGGUCUUCCUCUUUUUCCCAAUCAGCCGCAAGCUGGGUCCAAUGCUAGAGAAGAUCAAACUGAUGGUUUCUGUGGAUUUCAUGGUGUUUCUGAAAAUGGUAAUGCCGUUCAUGGUGGCCAGUGCCAUCGCAAUGCAGGCCGCCCUCUUCCCGGAUCUUCCGUUUGGAUGGGACAGCUUCCGUGUCACUUUCUACCGCGCAUUCUUCGCCUUAUUCCUCACCCCAUCUACGGAUUUGCAACUGGAAUCAUUUGGCAAAUGUGCGCAUUACCGCGUAACCAAUGACAGUAGCUUGCCGGAUACCUGCUGGGCGGGAACGCACUCCGUGCCGGACUGCCCGGUAGUGGGUGUAUCGUCGUACAUGAUUGUUAUCCAAUACGCUAUCAUCCUGAAAAUGAUCCUUGUUACACUUCUGGCUGCAAUGUUUUACAAUACGUACAGCGGGGUUGACAGAGAGGCGGAUUCCAUUUGGAAAUUUCAGCGUUAUCAAAUGGUCCUUGAUUUCUCGACGCGCAGCGCUUGGCCGGCUCCUUUCUCGCUCUUAUCGUAUUUCGUGCUGCUUACCAUGUUGUCUUGUGGAUUUGUCAAUCAUACGGUGCAGCGAGCGUUGAAAAGAAAGACGUCGGAUUUGCCUCCCAUUAUUGUACGCAAGGCAGAUUUUUUCAAAUACUGGAAGACAAUGGUGAAAGAGUAUUGUCGAAACGUGGACAUGGAAGUCAAAGAGAAAAAAAUGGCCAAAGACCAUUUCAAAAAAACUCUGGGAAUCGAAGAAGAGCUAAACCGGCAUCGUAGUAACUGGUACCGACUGCGGGAAAGAAUUAUUGCCUUAGAGCAGAAUGUUCAAGAAAUCCGCAACAUGGUAUCGAAGCCCUCUGAGAAUGAACCGGUGACGGCGCCACCCUCUACUAUGCGCUUUAGCAGGAGAGAUUUGUUUAGAAGACAGUUGUAACGGAAGGUACAGAAUCGGUGGGAAAUAAACCAAGGGGAAACCCAUUACCAUUUGGCUGCGUUUCAUGGUUCAGCGCCUAUCGGUACAAUAUUGUACUUUUUGUUACAGUUUACGAUCAUGUUUGCCAUAAAGCAGAAAAAAUUAAUGUUUUCAGAGGUUUGUUCAACCGUUUUACAGCCCUGCCGGGCCAAGUUGGGGCAGUUGUAAAAAAUAAAUUAUAAAAUAACUGUAUUCA